AGACCAACACGUGGUACAAUGGAAAAUGUUUCACUUUCUUUGGAGAUAAAAUGUCUUCAAAAUUAAAUUCCUACGUCAGCAUUACGAUGAACUCGGUAUUCGCGGAGGGCAAGGGAAACUUUCGUGUAUUCAUUAAUGAUGUCGGAAUGGAAUUAUCCAUGGUAAAUCAGUGGUGGCUUACUCCCAACCUAAUGAUCUUUGACAUAGCCCAGGGAUCAUACGCGGACAUCUCAAUCGAGAGAUAUCUUAAAAGAAAAAUGCCAAUUUACAAUGGAUUGAAUGCUUCAUGUCACAAGGACUGGAACUCCCUUGAUUUUUACAACUGCUUAGAUAAACGCAUGGCGAAAGCCCGAGAACCUUUUCAUUGUCGCUCUCCGUUUGAUUUGGCCUUGAAUCAAUCAGCUUUGGCCAAAGAGAAGCCAGUUUGUACGACCUUAGAAGACAUCAAGUCUAUCAUCCAUGAGCAAACUAAGCAGUUUCGGGAUAUGAAUGAAGGCACCAAGAAAUGCGCCGAAAACUGCGAUGUGGUGUCCUACAAGCCAUCGAUUUCCAGCAGCAAGAUAUUUGGUCGGAAUUUCACGAAACUUUUCAUCUAUUACCUUACUUUCCAUACUGUUCUGGAAGAAGAGAUCUUAGCCUACAGUUGGAUGGGCACAGUGUCGUCAUUAGGAGGCAAUUUGGGUCUUUUCCUUGGAUUUUCUUUCUUGGGUGUCGGGUUAACCUUCAUCAAAAAGGUACAAAAGCUUAUUCAAGAUAAGAUAGCUACCCAAGUAGCCUAGUGGGUAAAACCAUUUAAGAUGUUGAAGACACGUGUUCUAAUAUAUUGAGAAACAUCUGGGACUAGAACUAUCUUGGGACACUAGCCAACACUCGUUGAAUCCAAUAUGGAUAUCUAGUCUUCGGGAAACCAUGUGUUUCUCAUUUGUAGAUCAAAUUGUUCAAUUGACAGUUGAAAGAUGAUUAUAUUAUCUUCAUUUAUUUGACAAGAUGCAUUUUCAACUUUAAUCAAUUUCGAAUCCUCUUCCUUACAAAUUUGAUUUUUUUUUUGCCAUCUUCGAACUAACGACCGGAUUGGUACGAACCCGAGAGAAUAUCAACAAAUAUUAAAAACUCACCAAAAGCAAAUGUAAAGUCCACGGAACUCUACUAUAUUUCAAUUUAUUUUUCCCGUACAAUCUGAUGUGAACUAUUCAUGAAAAAGAUGAUAUGAUGAACUUGUACACCAAACAUAUUUCUAUUGAGAUUGUGAACCAAUCUGGUAUCAAUGUAAUGCUCUACAAAUAAAAGCAACUUUGCACGAUGCAAUUCUCGCUGGAAAACAACUAUCGUACGCACUUGAUUCAUGUCCUCAAUCAAAUCUUGACACUUACCAAUCAGCUCAAAUAAAUGUUUUAUUCUGACUUUUUGAGACUUUCUUAAGCACUCACUGUUGAUUGCAAUCAUAUCAUUUCUAUUGGUGUUCUCCAUAAAGAAAUAAAAUGUCACGCACGUCAUAUCCCUUUUAAACUAACUUAACAAUAACAACAAUUUCCCCAAUUAAGGUAGCAACGUUGAAUCAGGCAAGAUUAA